CAGUUUAUUAUAGUCAUACAAACGACUCGUGUCUACUGUCUGUGAGUAUUUGUGUGAUUUGUGAUAAUCGAGAGAAAAAAAAAUGAAGAAAAGUAAUACAAAUAGCAAAAUGGUGGUCAAUGUCUACUCUACAAAUGGAAGGGCGGACAAUCCAUCGCGCCAUGAGAUGUUGGCCUGGGUCAAUGAAUCGCUGCAAUCCGAUUUUUCGAAAAUUGACGACUUGUGUACAGGAGCAGCCUAUUGCCAGUUUAUGGAUAUGCUAUUUCCGAAUUGUAUUCCGGUGAAGCGUAUCAAAUACCAACCAAAUCAGGAGCAUGAGUAUAUACAGAAUUUUAAACUACUACAGGCCAGUUUCAAGAAGUUAUGUGUGGAUAAGGUUAUACCAAUUGAUAAAUUGGUCAAGGGUCGUUUCCAGGAUAAUUUGGAGUUCCUUCAGUGGUUUAAGAAAUUCUACGAUGCCAAUUCGGUGACGCCAGCUGCUGCAGUUCGUGAAGAGGCUCCCAUGGUUUCCAAUGCAGGGAAAUCUCCGGCACCAAUGCGAGCGGAGAGUAAUCCAAAAUUGGCCACACCAAAUGCCCCAAAGGUAAAGGACACGACCGUUUCCAAAGUGGUACCACGCACAAACGAGGUAUCACCGGUACGACAAGUGGUCAAGAACAAAAAUACGGUAGUCGAGGAUAUCCCGGAGCCCAUGGAGCUAACUCCAUCUGAGUCCGAACUGGACUUGCAGCAUGAAGACGAUUUGGAGUGUCGUGAGAGGGAGCGCGACUUUUACUUUGAAAAGUUGCGUAAUAUUGAAAUUUUAUGCCAGGAGACACACGAUGUUGCUGUGCAACCCUUCAUUGAGAAGAUUAUGAGUCUACUCUAUGCGGUCGAAGAAGGCUUCGAGCCUCCAUCCAAGCAGCAGGAAUAGGAGAAUAGCUAAACAUUUAGUUAUCUCAUCGUUUACUCUUAGUUUUGUGUAUAUUAAUAGACGUUAAUUGAAAAAAAAAACAAUAUUUUCGGACAAGCAAAAACCAAGGAAUGGAAUAUAGAAGGAAGGACGAACUUAACUGAAUCAAGCAAUCGAUCUAGAAUCGAUUUAAAACUGAAAAAAACUGGUUCCUGCAAAUUUUUUACACAUUGACACGAAUAUCUCCCAAAAUUUAAUUUUCGGCCAAUCAAAAACCCCAAUGUAUGGAAUAGAAGGAAGGACGAACUUAACUGAAUCAACCAAUCGAUCUAGAAUCGAUUUAGAACUGAAAAAAAACUGGUUCCUUCAAAUUUUUUACACAUUCACACAAGAAUAUCUUCCUAAAUUUAAUUUGUAUUUUGUCUCGGCUUAUUAAGUUAAUCACAAGAAUUUGGUUUCAAAAAUUUCAAAAUUAGAUUUUCUUGUAAAAUCAUGAAAUAAUUUAUACUUCUUUAAAAUUCUUCACACUA